CGUUUGGUGUCUGUGUUUGGGAGGAUUUUUCUGGGGUGUUCUUCGCGGUUUCGUCGUGAAAAGCCACUCAAAUCGCGUAAAUUCCUGCCAUGAGUGCUGCGUGGCGUGAGUGAGGAUGUCCGUGCAUCCGUUGUGAGUGCAAUUGACUCCGAAGGUUGCUCGCUGUGCCGUGAAAAGCUGCUUCAAGUGGAGUGACUUUGGGAUGGCGGCCAUCUUUGUUCGAUUUGGUGAAAAAUGUCAUCAACAAGAAUGAAAACAGCAUUUGCCCACUAAAUCACUUAUCGAUUCAUCUGCCAGCGUCUGUGGCGUCGCGCGGGGGGCGAAGCCGUGGGUCAGCGAAGGUGAGAAGUGCUCUCGCAAAUGAGCGCAACACCCCAAUUCAGUCACAGUUGAUUCGCUGUGUGAAGGUGAAAAGCGGUCGUGCAUUUGUGACGGUGGGCAGAAAAAAUUAUGUCGCGCAAAUUUAACCGAGACAUUUUGCCAAAUUAGAGCAGCCCGCGCGCGCCCGUGCACUGUUUAUCGCCAGUGCCACGCCAUUUGGACGGCGCAAUGAGUCAGGAGCGCCAUGGCAGCCCCAAGAGUCGCAACAGCUCCCCGAAGGUGGGGCGCAAGCGGCCCCAGUCAGUUCACCUGGCACGCGUGCUCAUCGCCGACGACCUGGAGCAGGACUCGCUGAGCUCGGCGGGCAGCUCGGGCGCCACCAGCGGCUCCGCCAGUCGCGAGUUCGCCGCGGUGGCCAAGCAGCCCCACCGGAAGACCUCCUACCACCACAGCCCGCAGAUCAACCCGCUGCGCCCCAGCGGCAGCGGCACAGAUGUGUCUAAUUUAGUGAGAGUUCGCAACAGCACUUUGGGAAAAUCUGCUCCAUCUCUGUCAGCAAGCAUGCGCGAAUUGGGAAUAUCUAAUCGUCGCACAUCAACAACUAAUCGCAAUACUACAAUUACUAAUCAUCGUCUCAGUUUGGUUGCAAAUACAUCACCGCGCUCGCAUUCGCCGAUCUCCGCGAGUCCCAUUGACAGUCCGCGGGUGAAUUCACCGAGCAUGAUUCAGUUUCCCUUCGUGCCCAUCAAGAGGCUGUCCAAUUGUCGCGCAGACGGCCGAAGGUGGUCAGUGGCUUCGCUGCCGUCGUCUGGAUACGGAACAACGCCGGGAAGCUCGAAUUUGUCGUUGGUCACGCAGUCACAGUGCUCGAGCCAGGAGAGGCUUCAUCAGCUGCCAAAUAUGCCGACAAAUGAUGAAUUACGUCUGCUCACGCAUCACUUCUCGAGCAACGAGAGCAAUCCAGGCGUCGAUCUGUUUCACUGCUACGCCGGUCAUGGUCAGCAUCAUCACGCGUGCAGGAAUUUGCAGCAAUCGCCGCUCACGACGUGCAGUCCGGGCAGUCAGAACAACAGCAGCAGCGGCAAGGAAGACUCGGGCAACUCAGAGCGACGCUCGCCGUAUCACAGGCCGCGCUCGCGGAGUCUCAGCAGUCCGAGUCGUUCGCCAAUUGUGGACAGUGAAAUUGCGCUGAUGAACACGCUGUACAAGGAGCGCUUUCCGAAGGCGACGCAGCAGAUGGAGGAGCGGCUCACGCAUUUUAUCAAUGAGAACAAGAAUUUCACGUCGUUGGGCAAAUUCUGUGAUUCAAGUCCAAUUGUGCGCUUUGUGCACCAUCAAGUGAUGGAAAUGGCGAGGGAUUGCCUCCACAAGUCCCACACGAAAUUGAUCACAAGUCGAUAUUUCUAUGAAAUGACUGAGAAUCUUGAGCGUCUACUUCUCGAGACGAAGGAGAAAUCACCGGAAUCGGUGUCGGAAUUGAGUGGAAUCAUUAAGAAAUUGCUGCUUAUUAUAUCACGUCCGGCGCGACUGCUGGAGUGUCUUGAAUUUGACCCAGAGGAGUUCUAUAGACUGCUGGAGGCGGCCGAGGGCCAGGCGAAAUCAUUGCCAGGCAUGAAGGCCGACAUACCGCAAUACAUUAUUCACAAGCUGGGCCUCAAUCGUGAUCCAAUAGCGGAGCUGCAGAAUGAGCUGCAGGAGAACAACAGAAACUGGUGUGAUAAGAAUGUGAGUGGCGAUGCCACCGCGAGUGCGGAGGAGUCGACGGAGGGGGAGGUGAGGCGGAGCUGUGAGAAGAGUGAUUCCAUUGAGAUUGGCGAUGUGUCGAAGGAGCAGCAGAUCUACUUGACGUCCACACCGAAUCAGGACGUGAAGAGGGCAACGCUUGGAAAUCCGCAGAUUAACACGGUGCCGAAUGAGCAGGACUUUGAGGUGGUGAAGCUGAUCUCCAAUGGCGCAUACGGGGCGGUUUAUCUGGUGAAGCACAAGCAAUCGAGGCAGCGGUUUGCCAUGAAGAAGAUCAAUAAGAACAAUUUGAUUCUGCGGAAUCAGGUGGAGCAGGUGUUUGCCGAGCGGGACAUUCUCAGCUUUGCCGACAAUCCCUUCGUCGUGUCGAUGUACUGCAGCUUCGAGACGAAGAAGCACUUGUGUCUCGUGAUGGAGUAUGUUGAGGGUGGCGAUUGUGCCACAAUGCUGAAGAGCAUCGGACCGCUGCCGUCGGACAUGGCGCGAUUCUACUUUGCUGAGACAGUAUUAGCCGUGGAGUAUUUGCACAGCUACGGCAUCGUUCAUCGUGAUCUGAAGCCGGAUAAUUUGCUGAUAACCGCUCUGGGGCACAUUAAGCUCACGGACUUUGGUCUGUCGAAGAUGGGCCUCAUGUCGCUGGCCACAAAUCUCUAUGAAGGCUACAUUGACAGUGAAACUCGUCAAUUCUCUGACAAACAAGUGUUCGGGACGCCAGAAUACAUUGCGCCCGAAGUGAUACUCCGGCAAGGCUACGGGAAACCCGUGGAUUGGUGGUCAAUGGGGAUCAUCUUGUAUGAAUUUCUGAUAGGAUGCGUGCCAUUUUUCGGAGAGACGCCUGAGGAGCUGUUCGCGCACACGGUGAAUGAUGACAUUGAGUGGCCGGACAGUGAGGAUUGGUGCAUCGCGCCGGAGGCGAAGAAUCUCAUUACUCAACUGCUGCAGCAGAAUCCGAGAGACAGAUUGGGCACGGGCGGUGCCCAUGAGGUGAAGGACCACGUCUACUUUCAGCUGGUCAAUUGGAAUUCUCUGCUCCGUCAGAAGGCUGAAUUUGUACCGCAGCUGGCAGACGAUGAUGACACAAGUUACUUUGAUACUCGCAUGGAUCGGUACAAUCAUGAUCUCGGUGAUGAGGACACGGAUGAAACGGAAGACACACCUUUAUUCGGAUCAUUCAGCUCAUAUUCCCAUCACUUCCGCAAGCAACAGUGCUCAUCGCGCUUAACACUGUCGAAUACAUCAAUGGAGAGUGACGAACUGAAGAAGAUUACAACGCCAGAACUUCGCAAAUUGGAUGUCAAGAGUCAUCGAAGUAUUCGAAUGCCAUCGACACCGGACACGGAUUAUCUGCCAGAACUUCUAAAUACGCCCGAUCGUGAGGAGAUUAAGACAAUUCAUCAGUAUUUGCGUCAGCAGGAGCAACAGAGGCAGACGUCAUUUGAGUCUGUUGCUAAUAAGCAUUUACCACCGGCGGCGUUUGACGGCAAGAAGACACCUUUGCCGGCACCAUCGCGAAAGACAUUGAGCACACCUGAGUCUUCGCAAACUGACAGUGACGAUGUCUCGCCUCAGAUUCAGCGCAAGAGGAAAACAGGCCAUUCCAGGGAGAUUCUUCCGCGUUUCUCCAUCUCAAUUGAGGAUGAGCACAGCGGUCACGAAACGGGCACGUCAUCGUCGGAGAACACAAAGGACUUCUCACCACAAUCCGGAGCGAGUUCUGGCGCGAUUGCGAAGCAUAGAUCUCGGUCGGUUGUCAAGAGUGCUUCCGCACUUGGAUUGUCACUCAUGUUCUGCACAGACGAUCCUCCGUCGUCGCUGGGCGGAAUCCAGUCGCCAUCGGGUGGCGGAAGCUCAAGCACAGCUAGUUCUCGUGACACGUCGCCGUGCCGAGAAUUGUCGCCUCUGGUCACGAAUCUGAAGCCGCCGAUCAUCAUUCGUCGCGGCCCGCGCGGAUUCGGCUUCACCGUGCAUACGAUCCGCGUGUAUUAUGGCGACACGGACUUCUACACGAUGCACCAUCUCGUGAUGGCCGUGGACGAAGGCAGCCCGGCGUUCGAGGCUGGGCUGCGGCCGGCGGACUUGAUCACGCACGUGAAUGGCGAGGCUGUACAGGGAUUGUAUCACACGCAAGUGCUUCAGUUGCUCCUCAGUGGCUCUGAGCAUGUGAUGUUGCGGGCGACGCCGCUCACGAACACGAGCAUUCAGACGGGCGGACGGAAGCGCGAGCUGUGGCAGAGUAAGUUGGCGAAGAAGGGCGUGAACAGGCACAAGAAGCAGAAGAAGGACAGCGAGAAGAAGCGCAAGACGUCGCUUUUCAGGAGGAUCAGCAGCAAGAGGGCGAGUGCGGAGAUUCAGCAGAUGGCGGCGGGUUUCACGUCGCCGACGAGCGUCACGCCGAGCUUGUCUUUCCCCACGACUUCGGGCACACCGCCGUUGAAUAGGCUGAACUUGUGUCCGCUGGAGAGUAAUUCGUCGCAGUCGAGCUCGCCGAGCUCCUCGGCGCCCAACACACCCACGGGAUCCGGCGGGCAGCUGUACCAGCGCCCAUCGACACUGCACGGGCUGAAGCACAAGCUGCACACGUCCACCUGUCCGUCGGGCAAGGGACUGCACGCCUCGAGUGCGUCGACGGCGCCUAACAGGCGCAAGUCCGUGGGACACAUUCCACUGUCGCCGCUCGCGCGCACUCCCUCGCCCUCGCCACUGCCGGCCUCGCCCACCAGAUCUCCCAGUCCUCUGGCCUUCCCCAUCGGCCACCAGCCGGGCUCAUCCAACACCACUCAAUCCUACAGUCCGGGCGUGACGCCCAACACCACCAGCGUGACGACCGUGGUGGCUAAGAAGUCAUUUGCGCGGCCGAAGAGCGCGGAGCCGAGCUCGCCGCUCCUGCGGCGCGCGCUGUCGCCGGACCGCCUGCAUCCGCGCAGUGCCGAGAGCAAGUGCACGCUGAUUUCGCCGCUGUGCUGCUCCACGCAGAUCACGAAGAACAGCCGGCCGGUGUCGGGCGUGUGGCGCGCCACGGGAAGCUCUCAAGUCACCUCUUCGAUCUCCGCGGCCGUCGUCACGGCGUCUCUGGCAAACACAUCGGGUGGAUCGACUGGCGAGGAGUUUUCCGGGGUGUCCUUUGACACGUGCGACACUGUUCAGGCCACGAAUCCGCCGAACAUCCUCACUCUGUCGCUGCAGGCGCCGGGCGAGCUGCUGCCGCGCAUCGCCGAGGAGAAGGACUCUCCUACGAGUGCCACGCACGACGGCAUGACGCCCGGCGCUUCCCCAACGACUUCCGCCGCCUCUUCCGUGAUGAAGAACACCACUUCCGUCGCCGCGCCGACAACGGAACUCGGCGCAGAUCUGGCCACGGCUUCUGUUGCGUCGCAUGUUGAGCAAAUUACCAAAGGAAAACCACCAGCAAAGUCGUCUCUUCAGUCCGCAAGCGGCAAUGGCAAACAGUAAAACCUUGUAGUCACACGAUGAAAAGACUUUGGCAUGACUUUCGUCGCUCAGCACACAUUUAGUGAUGAGAAAAUUAGUUUUUGUGCUUGAGAUUGUAAAUCGUGAGUGAAUAAUUCCCGCCAAAAUUGAUUUAUAUAUUUUAUUUACAGAGAAAUUGUAUAGAGAAAUCCUUGAGAGAGCCCACAAAGCCUCCAGUUUAAUGCGAGAAGCGCUGAGUGCAAAAUGCCAAGUCUUUUUGUUCGUGUGUUUGGAAAAUGUAGUGGCAAAAAUAGACAGUUAAUUUGUGCAUGCAAACGAUUUAAGACAUUUUUUUCGGUGAGAAAAAGGUAUAUAUUUUUGAACUAAAAUACUUUUACUAACGUUUCAAACUUACAUUCACAUAUAUUUGAAGAUUCCGCAAAAAAAUCUCUUUUCAGUCUUUGCAAGAAAGUCCAUUACUAAAUCACACGUUAAUUUUAGCUGUGUAUAUUUACAUUAUGAUGUUUAAUUUCACAUGUGAUACAUUUCUAGACUUCUGUAGAAGGUAAUUUGAGAAAAAAAUAUAUGAAUGAAAAUUCUGUACUUUCAUGUUAUUAGUAACUGCAAAUAAAUUGAACAUUAAA